AUGUUUGCCACACUACCAGACUUCACCCCGCGAGAUUCACACUCGCUAUGGUACACCUCGUCGCGUGCGCCCAUCCUCGGCGGCCUGCCCGACGGCCCCAGCGCUCUCGACACCGCCCAUAACCACCACCACCAGCACCACGGCCCCGGCGCGCCUCACCAGCGGCAGCAGCGCGGCCAUCUUCUCCAGCGUACCGCGCUCGCCCGCCUCGCCGCCGACGAGGCCAGCCUGCAGCGCCGCCGCCUGCACGUCCAGAACCACGGCAGCACCUGGCUCAAGCCGCCCGGCCUGCCCAAGACGCUGCAUCAGAUGCGCGAGGAGCGCCGCGAGCAGGAGGAGCACCACGAGGCCAUGCGUCGCGAGCAGGCCCAGCAGGAGCUCGCCGAGGCCGAGGCCGCCGCCGCCGCCGAGGCCGAGGACGUCAUGGAUGAUGUGCAGCUCGACGGCGCGCAGGACCUGGACGACGAGAUCCCCGACGCCGACGACGACUUUGCCCUCGGCGGCAACGGCAGCACCAGCGAGGAGGAAGAUGAGGACGAGGACGAGGACGAGGACGAGGAGGAUGUGAGCGCCGCGGAGGAGGCGCUGCGCGAGGAGCGCCGCAACGACCUCGUGGCGGCACGCAUGCGCAUGACCGACGACGCCUUUCGCGAGGCGCUCGUCCGCGGCGACCCGGACCCCGACGACGACGACAUGUACGGCGGCGGCGGCGGGGCGGAGGAGCAGGACGCGCGCGGCCGUGGCCACCUGCUCGACGAGGAGGACUUUGCUGCGAGCUCCUCCCCCUCCUCCCUGCUCGAAAACGACGACGUGGACCUAGGCAUGGACGCCAACCUCGACGACGACAUUCCCGACGAGGACGCCUACGAGGCGGGGUACGAGCACACCGACUCCGACGCCGCGCUGUCCAGCGACGACGAGCGGAGCGAGGAAGAAGAAGAGGAGGAGGAAGAGGCUGGGUUCGUGCCGAGGUCGGCCACGCCGCUGAGGGCACCGCAGAGCCCGACGUCAGCGCUGCGCGGCAGCCGCGGCGGCGGACACCGACCCAGGCGCGACACCCCGGCGCGUCGCGGCGGCGGCGGCCUCCGGUCCAGCAUGGACCUGAGCGCGUUUCUGUCGCAGGACGAGAGCAGCUUCAUGGACAGCAGUCCCGCGGCGGCGGCGCCAGCGCGGCGGAACAACAUGCGCGGCUGA